GGUCGUUUUGUACUCAUAUUUGUAUAGGUUAAUAUAUUUAUUCAUGUUAUAGUGCACUAUGUGGAAAGUUAUUACAUUGGUAUUGUGUUUUGGAUUAGUUUGUGCACAGGAGUCUACGGGUCCUACCUAUGUUACACCAGUUCCAAGUGGAAAUGUGUUCAUAGAUGAACCAUUUGACUCAGAUGAUGCAUUAGAAAGUUGGACACAGUCACAAGCCACUAAAGAUGGAGUUGAUUCAGAUAUUGCUAAAUAUAAUGGGAACUGGGCAGUUGAGGGUCUGGCUGAAAACGCAUUGCCCGGUGAUCUAGGUCUUGUACUAAAAGGCAAAGCAAAGCAUCAUGCUAUUGCGGCAAGCCUUGACACAGUCUAUAAAUUUGAAGGCAAACCAUUCAUAAUGCAGUAUGAGGUAAAUUUUCAAACUGGAAUUGAAUGUGGAGGAGCAUACGUGAAACUGCUGACACAUUCGGAUGGUUUGGACUUGAGUGAUUUCCGAGACAAGACACCAUACACAAUCAUGUUUGGCCCUGAUAAAUGUGGAGAAGAUUACAAGUUACACUUCAUUUUCCGCCACAAAAACCCUAAAACCGGUGAGAUUGAGGAGAAACACGCCAAUAAACCAACCACAGACUUCAAAUCUUAUUACACGGAUAAAGCAUCCCAUCUUUACACACUUGUCAUCAACCCAGACAAUUCAUUCCAAGUUCUUAUUGACCAAACUGUGAUUAAUUCUGGAAAUCUUUUGACGGAUUUCACUCCUCCUGUCGUACCACCAAAGGAAAUUGAAGACAAAGAUGACAAGAAGCCAGAAGAUUGGGAUGAGAGAGAGAUGAUACCUGAUCCGGAUGCAACAAAACCAGAUGAUUGGGAUGAAACUGCUCCAGCAAGAAUUGUUGAUUCAGAUGCUGAAAUGCCGGAAGGUUGGCUUGAAGAUGAACCUCUUUACAUACCUGAUCCGGAUGCGAGUAUGCCAGAAGAUUGGGAUGAGGAGAUGGAUGGAGAAUGGGAAGCUCCUAAGGUCGAUAAUCCAAAAUGUGCGGAGGCUGCUGGUUGUGGGACAUGGGAGCCACCCAUGAUUGACAACCCUGAAUACAAAGGUAUAUGGUCGGCUCCUGAAAUAGCAAACCCAGCAUACAAAGGUAUUUGGAAGCCAAGGAUGAUCCCGAACCCCGGCUACUUUGAAGAUGAAUUGCCUUACAAGAUGUCACCAAUUGGAGCAGUUGGCUUCGAACUGUGGUCCAUGAGCGAGGAUAUUUAUUUCGACAACAUCCUCAUCACUGAUGAUCGUGAAGUGGCUGAUGAUUACGCAGAGAAGACCUGGAAACUGAAGAAGCAAAUUCGAGCCGAGAAAGAGCCAAGCUUUGUACAAGGACUGCUUUCAGCAACUGAAGAAAAGCCGUGGUUGUGGAUCAUUUAUGUGCUGGUGGUUGGACUGCCGGCUGUGCUGCUCUUUGCUUUCUGUUGCGGUGGUAAGAAAAAGGCAGAUCCUAAGAAGACUGAUGAAGCCACACCGGAUGACCCACACGAGUCUGAAAAUGAAGAUGAAAAUGACAAGGAGGAAGAAAAAGAAGAGGAUGGAGAGGCUUCUCAAGAUGAAAACAAGGAAGAAGCAAGUCAGGAAGAGGAAGAAGCUGCAACAGAGGAGACAGGUGAUGGAGAUAAAUUAACUAAAGAAGAUCUGGAGAAAGAUGACGAUGAAAUUCAAGCUCUUGAAGAUGAUAAUAGUCCAGUGAACAGCAGGCGUUCCCCAAGAAAACGAAAGCCCAGAGUACAAGAUUGAAGGGGAUGGUUGUGGGACUUCAUAUUUUAGAUUCAAAAAGUUGGCAGAACAAUUUAACGAAUUUAUGGAAAACUUUGGUUGUUUCAUUAUCACUGUGUGAUAAACUGAUGUCAGAUGGUUUAUUUUUACACAAAGAUCCAUAUCACGCUGCUUUAAUGUAAAUAUUAAUGAUUGCUUGCUGUUCUAUUUCCAGUGUCCCGCAAUUAAUAGGAGUAAUACUAAUUACAACUACCAUUUCUGUUGUAAUUUUGCAGUUUGCAUAGAAGAUUUUCUUGGUCUUUCUUGGUAUCUUUUUACCAAGAAAAUAACACUAUGCAACAGGCCCCCAAUCUUGUAAGACCGAAUCCUACUAUAUAAUGUAGAUUUCAAAUGUUGCAUGUUUGCUUAGUAGUGGUUUAUGGUUCUUGUACGGGUAUUGUGUAAAAAUUCUCUUCGAUGUUACGUUUACAACUCAGUAUGAUGUCACAAUAAACAGAAAGAAAUUUUCUCCA